UACUACCGAUCCACCAUGUCCCAGAGCUCGCAGACAAGAGAAUUCCUGAGUCCAGAGGUUUUCCAGCAAAUCUGGGAAUUCCUGGAACAGCCGAUAUGUUCAGUUCAGCCGAUCAACUUGAACUUCAUGGACGAUACCUCAGACAAUGGCCCUACAAACAAAAUAGAGAUUAGUAUGGAUUGUGUCCGGAUGCAGGAUGCGGAUGGGAGCGACCCCAUGUGGCCGCAGUACACAAACCUGGGGCUGCUAAAUAGCAUGGACCAGCAGAUUCAAAAUGGCUCCUCCUCCACCAGCCCCUACAACACGGAGCACGCUCAGAACAGCGUCACGGCACCCUCGCCCUACGCCCAGCCCAGCUCCACUUUCGACGCCCUCUCGCCCUCCCCUGCCAUCCCCUCGAACACAGACUACCCGGGACCUCACAGCUUCGACGUGUCAUUUCAACAGUCCAGCACCGCCAAGUCAGCAACAUGGACGUACUCGACCGAGCUGAAGAAGCUGUACUGCCAGAUCGCCAAGACAUGUCCCAUCCAGGUCAAAGUCAUGACCCCGCCGCCACAGGGCGCCAUUAUCCGUGCCAUGCCCGUCUACAAGAAGGCCGAGCACGUCACUGAGGUGGUCAAACGCUGCCCGAACCACGAGCUGAGCCGGGAGUUCAACGAGGGGCAGAUCGCCCCUCCCAGCCACUUGAUCCGGGUGGAAGGAAACAGCCAUGCUCAGUAUGUGGAAGACCCCAUCACCGGAAGGCAGAGUGUACUCGUACCCUAUGAACCGCCGCAGGUCGGCACAGAGUUCACAACGGUGUUGUACAACUUCAUGUGCAACAGCAGCUGUGUUGGUGGGAUGAACCGCCGCCCGAUCCUCAUCAUCGUAACGCUGGAAACAAGAGAUGGACAAGUCCUAGGCCGCCGGUGUUUUGAAGCCCGCAUUUGCGCUUGUCCGGGGAGGGACCGCAAAGCGGACGAGGACAGCAUUAGAAAGCAGCAAGUCUCUGACAGCACAAAGAAUGGCGACGGUACGAAGCGCCCGUUUCGGCAGAGCACGCAUGGGAUACAGAUGACCUCUAUCAAAAAACGGCGCUCUCCAGAUGACGAGCUCCUGUACUUACCGGUACGGGGCCGGGAGACGUAUGAAAUGCUGCUAAAGAUCAAAGAAUCCUUGGAGCUCAUGCAGUACCUCCCGCAGCACACGAUUGAGACGUACAGACAACAGCAGCAGCAGCAGCACCAGCACUUGCUCCAGAAGCAUCUCCUUUCGGCCUGCUUCAGGAGUGAACUCUCGGACUCCAGGAGAGAGCUUCCCAAACAGAGCGAUGCCAUCUUAAAACAUUCCAUCCCCCCAAACCCAUCAGUCUAUCCAUGAACCAAGCUGGGGUUUGUUGUCCAGCUCAUGGGACUAGGAACUCUGUGGCGAAUAACAACAAAAAAACCCCAGCUUGUUAGAAACAGAGAAAAUAGUGAAAACAAUCUCUUGAAGGGACUCAAACUUUGCAAGAAUAAACAGUUCUGCAGAUCUCUUGGCUAUAGCGUUAGCAUUGGGAGGUCUGAAACCACAAUGGCGCCUUCCUCAAUGUAUUUUUUUUUUGUAAUAUGUUUGUUAAAACUCUCUACUGUUACUGUUAUUUGUGAAACUCGUGAGAGUUUCUCUGAGCAGGUCUCAAUCGUAAAAUGCCUCUUGUCUUGUUAAAUUAAAGAUGUUUUCACUCGGGGUGGUGGGACGGGGUUAUGUUUAAGAAUAAACAGCUGGGGAUUGUGACCGUUGGUCAGGUAGUCCUUGUUUUAAUGCUGGUCAUGCAGUAGUAAUGCAAGUAGUUAAAAUAUUUUGUACUGCUGGACAGAUGGAGGUGAAAAGCACAUUAAUUAGCAUAGGGAAGAAUUUUUUUUCUUAGAAAUAUGACCUCCAACCUGGAUCAUUAAUUGCCUCGCCGUGAUCAUAAAGGGUCUGUUCCACAGCCUGCUGAAGUCAAUUGAAAGACUCAUUGAUUUUGUAUCAACCCUACUGGGACCAGUCCAACUCCCACCGAACUCAAAAGGGUUUCUGAAGUUAACAGACUUCACUGGAGGUUGGACUGAGCCUAUGGUGGCUUGUGAAGCCCUAAUUCUUCUUAGAGGUGCUCGAAUCAGUGUGGAUCCCAGUCUAGGUACGCAAGGGUCUCAUAUGCUCAAGAGAGGAAUCUUCUGAGUAGCAGUAUCCACUGGGCUGCAUCUGCACAGUGAUCUCCUGUUCCCACCAGCCAGGAGCAUAAAGUGUGUCCACAACCUCCACCCCCGCACUGCCCAUGGUAGUGAGACAGAGCUAAUGCGUUCGCUUGCUACCCCCUGAUGUUUCUUAGAUUUAACUUAUUUGAUAGAUUUCAGUCCUAAUUAUUCUUCUGCACUUUGUUUUCCAGUCUGGGUAUUUAACAAAAAAACAAAAACAAAAAGCUGACACAUUUUGGGGCUUAGCACCUUUCUCCGCUAAUGGCCGACUCAAAGCCUUCAGGCUUCAAGCCAUGUCCAUCUUGUGAUGGCUUAAUACUUCUUGCUAAUAACCACCGCUGUUCCUUAUUCUGUCUUGGCAAGAGCCAUGUGCAACUCCUUCUCGGCGAGGACUCUGAAAUCCAGGGGUGUCCAUCUCAAACUCUGCCUCUCAGAGCAAUCUGUAAGGGUAACUUCUGGCCCAGAGGAGUGAAGUGCCACCUCAAAGAAGGAUCUGACCCCUGUUAUAUCCUCCUGCCCCCUCCAGCCAGAAUGUGACACAGAGGACCAGUGUCAACAAGAAAUCCAUCAGUGUCAGGCAAACUCUGGCACCGGAAGAUGGUACAAGACAAGGCAGGACAGACCUGGCUCCUAGCACUGGUCCUUGGUUUCCCAUGGGGACUUGCAGAAACAUCAGCCCUCUUGGGAAUGACCCACUAAACCUGCUUCCCAGGCAGAGACGAGUGCUGCUGGCUUGGCCGCCAGCCUGGCACCGAACAAAUGCCUGGCAUUGGCACCAGUGGCAUCAGCACCAUUCUCAAGAUGAACUCUUUAGUUGCCAUCACAUAGGACAGGAGGGUCAGCGAUCUCCAAGCUCUCGUGGUUGAUCCUCCUUCCCCAGCAUUCAUCCGAGACACAGCAGUGCUGAGACCUCAUUCUAAAUUUAUUUCAAAGGUUGUCUCAGGCUUUCGUUUUAAACCAAUCCAUCCACAUGCUGGUUUUCUUUCUGAAAAUCCAUUCUGCUCUGAGAGCAAAGAAACUUCACCCCUUUGGAUGUUUCCAGAGCUUUAUUCUAUUACCGUGACAGAAUAAAAACCCUUCUGGCUAUUGUCUUAUCUCUUCAUUGCCAUCUCUGGUGCAGCCAAAGGUCAAGCAGUCUCCUCCCAGAGACCAUCCAAGUGGAUCAUGCUGUACCUAUCAAUCUGCUCCCAAACGUCUGACGUACCUCUCCCUCCCAAUAUUACGGCUCAUUCCACUAGAGCUUAACCUGCAGCCUCUGCCUGCUUCGGGUAUGUUCCCAGAUCUGAAAUCGGUGAGGUUCCCAGAUCCCACCACUUGGCAUCCUACCUCUUCAGGAAUCCGAAUUAGUGAGGAAACAGAGGGUUGUGGCCUCUCUGCUCCUUGGACCCUUAGCCUGGUGGAUGGGCGUCAUGAGGACGCCAUGGUGCAGGCAUGUCUCAGCAGACACAGCUAUUCAAAAAAAUCCCUAUCUCGCACACUCACCUCAAGUGGGAUCCACACUAAUAACUACAUGUCCAAGAACCACAGUUACUAUAAGGUAAGUAACCAUUCUUUCAUGUUGGUGAAUGCUUCUUAUUGACUUCAGUUGGACUGUGCAUGUGAGUAAAUGUUCACUAGUGUGAAGAAGGGUUUUGUGAUCCAUCAAGUCCAAUAUCCUGCCUUUGAUAGGGGGUAAUACUUCCCUGCCUGAAAGUAGCCCUGCCAACCAUGCCAUGCUUUGUAAGUGGAAACAUUUCUUUCCUGACCCUUCCAGAUGAUUACUUAAUGCCCUGAAAUAUGAGAGUUGAUUACCUUGACAGUAGCUUGCAGAACUACAAAUGUUUUUGGCCAUAUGCUUAGCUAGUCUCUUUUCAAAAAAGAAAAGAAAAAUCAGUUGCAGUAUUUGACUGUGUGCCUUGUGCAUCAGACUGUUCCAAGAAGUGUAAUAGUCUGUUGAUUGAAGUCCUUAUGCCUUGAUAUUAAAAUGCAUUUCGUUAGCAUUGGUAUCAAAUGGAUUUUAAUGCUCCUACUUACAAUCUUCCUUGGGACUCAUUAAACAUCAUUUUAAAAUAAGAGCUUCAUCCACAAGGCUUUUUAAUACGUGUAAAGAAAAGAAAGGAAUUUGGGGAAAGAAAGCAAUUGGUUAUAAACAAAUCUCCAAACGCCAGGUAGUCUACUGUGUGUUUCAUACCAAGAACAGCUUUCUUGUGUUACCGAGGCUGUUGCUACAUGGAUGUGUGAUGUUAAUUUUCAAUAAACUUUUGCAUCUUGGUUUAUCUUGGGAUUUUUCUUUUUCUGUCUGCCUCUUAAUUUUCUGGGUAUCUUCUUACAUGAUAAAAUAGUUGAGCUGAAGUGCUUAUGGGGAUAAACAUAUGGAGCCUGCUUGUCCUCUCACGCCUGGUUUGUACCAGCGACUCCACUGGCUUCAGGGAGUCAGGCCAGGGUAAAUCAGGAGGAAGCGAGAGGAGGGUCGGCUCUGGGUGAGACGCUUCUGGGCGGUGUUUUCAAAAGCGUUCAGCAUUAGCCCAACUCUGCUCUCACUGAAGUGUGAGUAGGAGAAGCCUUAGAUCCAGUGCUGAGUGCUUUUGAGACACCUGCCCAAUAGAUCCAGGCACUGUAUUUUUUAAAAGUAAAACCACUCUCAAACUUUACCAAAUUCUCUUCUGAUGACACUCCAUUGACCUGAGAAGAGUUAG